AUGUCGGGCCCUCAACCACCGUAUGCUCUUUUCGUGAUCGCGCAAGGUGUGAAUGUCGAUUAUAUCAAUGACAGCCUUACCAGAGCCUGGAAAGGCGACUUCGAGGCCGCAUGGGAGCUGUAUCUAGCGACCGAUGACUACGAGGAUGCGCCAAAGAAAAGAAGCGACAACGAAUUGAGCGAAGGCACUCGUGCACCGAUCUCGACAGACUUCAAGUUUCCAUUCAUAGGGAAAACGUUAGAGGACUGCGCAAAGUGGCUGCAGCGUGCACCAGAUGAAGUAGAGUUGAACCGAGAGUACUUCACGGCCUUGGGAGAGCACUCGAAGGAGGAUGAUACGGUGAUGCUAUGUCGCAUUGUUGACUCGGACGAUGCCGGCAAUGUGACAUUGCAGUAUUUUCCUGUACCAACUGGAGAUGCGGUCGUGGAGAUGCAGACGACGCUUGGUGUAAAGUUCGAUGAGAAGCUACAGAAUUACCAACGCCAGCGGAUGCAGGAUGGCAAACCAGAUCGGAGUAAGGGCGAGCCAUAUGCUUAA